GUCGAGAUAGACAAGGCACAUUUUACAACAUGCCUUUAACUUUUCUUGGAAUUCUUCUUCUGUCGACAUGGAAUCUGUAAACUUUUAUGUAUUAUUUUGAAUUUCUUUAAAUAUUAAAUAAAAUGACUAUAGUUAACUGUCUAAAGCAUCUUAUCCUUCAUGAGAAGGACCGUAUUUUUGUUUUUUGUUUUUUUUUUCAACUUCAUUACCUUUUAAUAAGGAUAUGUACAAUAUCUUUAGCGACAUGCUUCACUCUCUUUAAAUCUUUUCAUAGUCUUCAAUAGUAAUCUUAUUUGAUAAAGCGAGAAAAAAAAAAGGGAGAGAGAGAGACAGAGAGAGAUAGGUGACAGGACCUCUGACUAUAUAUCUUGGUGAAAUUGAAGUAGUAAGAAGAAAAGUUACAAUCUAUUGGUGAGUGAUGUAUGAUAUAUCACUUGUAUAAAAAUAAUGCAUCUAAAAGAGAUACAAUAAAGUAAAAGAG